GAUAUUUUAACAUUUUUUUUAAUACAUAUUAAAAUGGCUUCACAGAAAACUUUACGAAAAGAUACAUUUAUAUUUUUGAUUGGUUUCUCGUCAAACCAAAUUAUUGGUAGUUAAUUACCGUCAAUAAGACAAGUACUAUCGGUUUUUUUUUUUAUAUUCGUCAUGUUAACCUGAGCAUACUUGAAAACUCUAAACUGACAAUAAAAGAGGUAAAUAUUUUUUGGCAAAAAGCGCGUAUACCUAUCAGUGCUGAACAGUAUUGCAUAAAAAAACUUCAAAAAUAUUACGAUGAAUGGAGAAAUUUACAAAAACUGCAAUACAGAAAAUCUGACACUCAAGCAAAAAAAAAUGAAGAAUUUAGUUCAAAACUAAAUGAUUUGUUUGACAUUGCUCAAGUUGAUGCCCUUAAUUAAUGUCAUUACAAGAAGAUACAGAUUUUUUAUUAAUGCAAACACAAAAAGGAUGUCCUAGUAUUAUGUAAGGAGUUGAUUUGAAUAUUGCACAAAAAGAAAAAAUAGCCAAUAAAAGGUUAAAGAUGUCCGAAAAAAGACGUAAAAGAAGUUAUGACGAGAUACAGUCAUUGAAUGCGCAAGUAGAAAUAUGCUCAUCAUUAGAGUCUGACGUUGCUGAAGAUAAUUUUAACAAGCCUGGACUGUCUAAAAUGUACGUUAAACAAUCAACUAGAGGAAGAAUUGAUUUUAUUACGCCAAAACUUGCAGCUGCACUCGAUAAAUGCAAAAUUAGUGAUAGAGAUGCAGUUCAUAGAUUAAUUUCAACAGCAGAGGCAUUAGGUGAGGACGUUGAAAAAUUAAUUAUAAAUAGAUCUUCAAUUCAAAACUCACACAUACGUUUCCGUAAAGAACGCGCUGAAAAAAUCCGUAACAAUUAUUUGGUAACUAUUAAAGAUUCCGUUGUCAUUCAUUGGGAUGGUAAACUUUUACCUUCAUUAACAGGACAAAAAAGUGUUGAUUGACUUCCCAUUAUAGCUUUAUGUAAUGGUGAGAGUCAAUUACUAGAAGUUCCAGCAAUUGAUACGGGAACAGGGGUUGAUCAGACUGAUGCUAUUUUUCAUAUACUUAUUGAUUGGUGUAUUACAGAAAAUGUGCAGGCUUUUUGCUGUGAUACUACGGCUUCAAAUAUGAGUAUAUUUAAAAGUACUUGCGUGUUAUUAGAAAAUUACUUGGAACGUAAUAUUUUGUACUUACCAUGUCGACACCAUAUCUACGAGCUAAUAUUAAAAUGUGUUUUUGUAGUUAAAUUACGUCUAACAUCUGGUCCUGAUGUACCAAUAUUUAAACGGUUUCAACAAAAUUGGAGAAAUAUAGAUACUAGCAAAUUUGAGCCAGGUAUAAUGAACGACAUUGUAAAUAAAACAUUAAAUGAUGUAUGUACUGAUGUAAAUAACUAUUUCGCAAAUAACUAUUUGCUUAUCAAACAACCCAGAGAGUUUUUAGAACUAAUAAUUAUUUUUCUUGGUGGAGUUUCCUUUAGAGUUCCGGGAGCUAUCCAUCAUGCUAGAUGGAUGGCAAAAGCUUUAUAUUGCUUAAAAAUAUUUAUAUUCCGAAACCAAUUUAAUUUAACCCAAAAAGAAGAAAUGUCAAUAGCUAGUAUUAGUAUAUUUAUUAUUAGAUUAUACGUAAGAGCUUGGUUUAAUGCACCACUUGCUUCUAAUGCACCAUACCAAAAUUUUAAUUUUUUAAAAGAUUUGGUAAAUUAUCGGUCAAUAGAUAAAAAUAUACCUGAAGUUACAGUUAAAAAAAUGUAUGGUCAUUUAUGGUAUCUAUCGCCAGAGAAUACGGUAUUAUCACUUAUUGAUACUAAUAUUCCAUUUGAUACAAAGAGAAAAAUUAUAGCUGCUCUAAAAAUCCAUACAGAUGAUGAUGUACCAAAAAAAUAUUUAUUGAAUACAAAAGAAGCUACUGGAAUAUUAAAUAAAAAUCUUGAAGAUUUUAUUUGUGAAAAAUCAAUGCAAUUUUUCAAACGUUUUAAUAUAGAUACUAGUUUUCUGAUCAUUGACCCAUCAUUAUGGAGCACUGAUGAAAAUUUCAAGAUAUCAAUAGACCAUAUUAAUAGCAUUAAUGUA